AUGUUUGUGUAUCUCCGAAAGGAGAAGAACAAUGCGAAAUCAGACAACGGUGGCCGCAUGCGCAAACACCUACGUAAAAGGAUCGAAGACACGUGCAGAGCGCACUUGGAUUGGGUGAAAGGAGCCCGCAGGGCAGACGGUUGUUUCAGAACUGACUAUUGGGCUACGGGCAAAGAGAUAUUGCCGAACGCGACUGGCCAGCCCUCUGCCGAGGCUGCACAAGGAGUGAAAAAGAUCGAGUCAACCGGGGGUCCACAAGGCUCAAGGGAAGCCUUAAGAGUCGAUGACGCCCCGGACUUGACAGCACUCAGUGAUACUCCCUUCCAAAUCCUUAAGUUUGGCGCCUUUGCUGCCGUCUUUGACAAAGACAGAGAUACUCUUCGCGAGGACCUACGUCCCAUUGUUCGUGGUUGGGUGCGACAUCUGGACAAGGAUAACAAACAAGGCUUCUUCGUAUUUUCCCGCGCCAAAGGCAUUCCACGUGAAAGCUAUCUAAACUACCGCCUGGAGGAUCAUGUUUGCAUAUGGGAUGCGCUUCAGGUUGUCGUCAAAUUGGAUUUGAGUGACGAGCUGAAGAAAGGCCCGGAGAAUAAAAAGAACAAAAUGGACCAGCGGAACCCGGAAGAGGAGGAGUCGGAAGAGGACGAGUCGGAACAGGACGAGUCGGAAGAGGACGAGUCUGAAGAAGAGGAAUCUGAAGAGGACGAGUCUGAAGAAGAGGAACCCGAAGAGGAGGAGCCUGAGGAAGAGUCUGAAGAGGGCACACCGGAAAACGACGAGUCUGGAGAGGAAGAGUGGAAAGAAGGAAGGCCUGAAGAGGAGCCCGAAAAGGAGGAGGAGGCGCCGUUGUCGCAGGACUAUUCUCCCACCGAGUUCCAAAAGAUUGUUCUGCGAAGAUUCACCGCCAAGAUCCCAGAAUCGAAGAAGAGUCUUAUUGCUGUUGCACGCUCAUGGUCGCAGUUUCGGUUUCUGCUCCGCACCAGAGACACUGCUUUAUUUCAUGACACUGGUGAGGCAUUCUUCAAGCCGUCAUCUGCUUUAUGGAAUGCUACAGUUGUGGCCCAGAAGUACCACAUGGAAAAUCAAGACUCUGCUUGGGAUAGUCCUCUACGCUAUGGCCUGGCACUGCUGAUGGCAACCGCCGGCCAUCAGAUCAACAGCAGGUCACCCACAGACAUGUUGCGGAGGGCAAAGCUCAUCCUAUUCCAGAGUUCCUCUGCCGACGGUAUAUUGGCUGGGAUGUUGAAUGCGGGGACGUCAGAUCCGGAAAUCUUUCAGGACGAAUCUCGAAGAGACUUUUACUGGCACACUAGUUUUGAAACCCUAUACAUCAUCUGGAAAGUCCGCGAGAAACUCACAAGCGGAGUCAUUUCAGAUGUCGGCCUCACGAACGAAAGUCUCGAGAUUGAACCCAGACUGGAGGCAGAGGCGUUCCUGGACCGCAUACACCUGAUGAAAAAAUCAAUAUCUGUCAACAACCACAUCAUCGAACAUGAUAUUGUGGAACUAUCAGACGAAUGGCUAUACAAGUUCCCCGACUUCUUGGAUUUCAAACCGAAAAGCAAGGACAAACGUGAAUAUAAUUCCGAUGAACUGGAGGAACUCAAAGGGAUAAUAAUUGAUGUUCCAAAGACCAAGCGGAUGGCUGACGGCGAGAAGCGGUAUACGUCUCGGGACUAUCUGUCUGAUGACAAUGACAAUGUCAUUGUCUUGUCGGGGGUUGCCUUUAAACACAAGCUCGACCAGCGAAGGACCGCCAAAGAUGCCAAGAAAAGGCUCAUUUGGACACCCCAAGCUGACUCGAAAGUCUUACGAGAGGUCUUCGUCGAUGCAUCACCGCCAGAGACGGAAGAUGACCCAGCCUCGCUGGCGAAAUUCCUCAUGAGGCACUCCCGAAAAGAAAAGUACUUGGGCGAUGACAUAACGGCAUCCUUGAAUGUCUGGAAGACAGAUUUCCAUUUGUCUUCCUACCAACUCUCGAAGGAGAAUGGUCCACGGAAGGGGUUAAGCUUUUUUGGCGACAAACGGAUUCGACUGGCUGGCAUGGGCUUCCGAUUCGUGGGCGAUAUUUUCGACAGAUAUUGGACUUGCCAUGUGCUUGGGUUUGAGCCAGAUGAUGAUAUUCGCCGUGAAAACCCCAAGAAACGUUUUGCGCAACUGAUUCAAAACCGCAUUCCUGAACACGAGCGAUGGAUCAACCCCUGGCGGCAGCGAAAAGUGCUUGAGCUAAUCCUCUUUGACAGAAUGCUGGAGAAGAUCAUCGACAAAUAUAGAACAAUGCUGAAAGAGGUGAUGUGUUUCCUAAAAGACCGCUUGCCACACACAAAGAAUGACGCCGCCGCUUCGAGCAGCCCGGAUGACUCCUCGUUUUCCGAGGCCAUCUCCUUGCCAGAGAUGAAAAGCUACGAAUAUUUGAAGUUCCGAGACCAGUGGCCCUCGCUCCAGUUUGCCCUGCAGACAAUGGAAAAGGACUUGAAGGAAACGCUCGACACGAUCGCUUUGUGGAAGACACGUCAACAAGACCGACAUCAUCAGAUUCUGUCCCACGCGUCCAAGCUUUAG